AUGCCUCGAGUGCGCCUUCGAAGUGGGGAAGCAUGGACCGUCCAUCAUCUGCAAGUCUUCGUGCUGACGUUCUUCAGCUUCGCCUUCAUUCAUGCCACUCGAAAGACAUUGUCCACCGUGAAACCAUCCUUGAUAGCUACAUGGACUCAAGGAACAGAAACACGUCCUCCGCUAUUUCCUUCCGAUCAAGCGGCCUCUGAGUUUCUCGCAAAGCUUGAUGGCGGAUUCCUUUUGGCUUAUUCCAUAGGUCUCUUUGGAGGUGGUGUGCUUGGUGAUCGCUACGAUCCACGUAUCGUUCUAUGCAUAGGGAUGUGGCUGUCGGCAAUAGUGGCUUUUUUCUUUGGUUACGUCACAGAAUACUUCCAUCUAUAUUCUCAACUAUUAUAUGCUUGUCUUUGGAUUUCUGGGGGUCUGUUCCAGUCUGUCGCAUGGCCUACCGAGAUAUGUAUUGUCGGCAACUGGUUUGGACACAAUUCUCGAGGGGCUGUGAUGGGCUUGUGGUCUGCCUGUGCAAGCGUGGGCAAUAUUAUUGGCACGAUGAUUUCUUCAAGAUUAGUACUGAUGGGUUAUCAGUACGCUUUUGCUGUAAACUCACUGUUGCUGUUCGUGUUUGGUUUUAUCGUGUUUUCCAACCUCAAGUCAGCUCCAAGAGACAUUGGUCUUCCUGAUCCUGUCGAGUCGCCAGAUGAACUGAAUCGAGUCAUAGAAGAGCCGACUCAACGGCCUGUGCCUAUCAGUUUUUGGAGGGCAUGGGCUUUGCCUGGCGUUCUUUCGUAUUCGCUUGCCUUCGCAUGCCUCAAACUAGUCAAUUACGGCUUCUUCUUCUGGCUUCCUUACUAUUUGCAUUCAAACUUCGGCUGGAGCGAGUCUGAUGCGGACGCCCUGUCGGCGUGGUACGACGUUGGUGGCAUAGUAGCUGCUAUCAUUGCUGGUGCUAUCUCUGAUCACUUCGCUUCUCGUACUCCCAUUGUUGUCGCAAUGUUAGUUUGCGCUAUUUUCUCAUUAUGGGCAUACUCAGCAUCUCCCGCGUCAAUGGUUAUCAAUGCAGUCUUGCUCACCGUCGCUGGUUUUUUCAUAGGGGGUCCAGCUAAUAUGAUAUCCAGCUCAGUUGCUGCCGAUUUAGGUAGAGCACGUGAGCUUCGAGGUAAUGCUGAAGCGUUGUCGACGGUGACGGGAAUCGUGGAUGGUACUGGAAGCUUUGGAGCAGCGAUCGGACAGGUGAUGAUACCUUCCAUUCAAGCCGUUUUUGGAUGGGAAUCUGUGUUCUACGGCUUUAUAGUCAUGAUCAUAUGCACUUCUGCUUGCUUAACUCCUCUACUUUACCGUGAGUUGAAGAUGCGAAGAAGAGGCUCGUAUUUCAGUCUUGCUUCUGACUCGGAAUCAGAAGAUGAGCCUGAAAUUGCUGGAGAAGAAGUCACUAGAAGAAGAACUGUGGGUGCUGUAGCCUUCAUAUCUUAACCUGAUGAAAUCCACUUAGCCUUGGUGAUACAGAAAACGCUAGUAUGCUCGAGUUUUAAAUCCACGAAAAUUGAUAUUGCACCCCUUUAAUAGUAAGUGAUUUGAGAUAGUUCGUUCGAAAAUCACGGCGUUCCAUUUAUCUUGUGCUGACUCGGUCGAGCUGAUGAUCUGUGAUCCUUGUUCUUGUUUCGUUUACGCAAAGUAUGUUUUACUUCAGCGGAAAUUCUCCGCACUCGCAAUAUCAUUCGGUGACGAUGUUUUAGAUUUUUUGCAUAAAAUUACUUCCAGACACAUGGGAGCUUUGUUGGAAAUGCUCUGGUUGGCCCUUUGACAUAAUCAAUAAAUAGCUCAACUUUCUCAGAAAA